UUUAGAGGGACAAAAAAAAGAGGGUUAUUAUGGGAGUAGCUACUGUAAAUUCACUUCGAGUGAAAUUCUGCAAUUGCUCAACACAUUUCUGAAUGCCACAUAACGACCAGUCUCAAUAUAGCUACCACUGCAGCAUUCGAGUCUAAUCAGCUAGCUAGCUGACAGCGAUGACCCCCCCCACCCGGAUGUUAUGGUGAUGACCGAAGCCUUUGCCGAAGCUGUUAGUUAGCUACGGACAUUCAAUACGCAUUGAACUUGCUAGCCUGCUAACUAUUUUUGAAAAACUGACAUCAAAAGGUACAAACAAAGAGACGUUGGACUUGGAACUUCGCAUAGAGGUAUGGAUCUGAUCUGAGGAGAGAGGUGCUGGAUAUGGCUGAAGGGAUUUACAUUGGCGAAAUGCACUCCUUUGACCUAGUUCCAAGUGCUGAAGCAAAAAAGAGACCCAAUUCAUCAGAUGGCAGAGAAGAGCCAAUGAGGAAGAUGCCGGUGUCUAAAUUUUGUUCCAGACCGCUGUUUGAGCCUGUGCACUUUGUUAGUGGUGGCAGCAAUGGUGGGUCUGGUAAUGACGAGAAGGAGAAUGACAAGGAACGCCGGAGGACUGAGGUGAACAGUUUGAGACAGAGGGACUCUGACCGUCCGUCUUAUGGCAGCAACCGAGUUCAGGGCUCCUCUGCAGCUAGACCAGCAUUUGACAGAGUUUCAUCAUACGGUUCUUCUUCUGACUCUUGGAGGGACAGAGAUGGACAAAGUGAUAGAGGGAGAGAUCGAGACAUACCCUCAGGUAGCACAAGUGGUUUAGGUUAUGGGAGCCGAGGAUCCACUUCAAAUUAUAUGACUAAAGUGCAGCAGGACUACUCAGACAGAUUUGAAGCCCAUAGCACUAGGCAGCCGGACUCAUACUCUCAGGCCCCUAGGUUUGAUGGAUAUGGAGGGGGCAGUCGAUCAGGGGGCUGGGGGGAUUCAGGACGCCAAGGACUUGGCUUCGGGCAUCAGGACAGAGGGAAUCAGGACAGACCCUCAUCUAGCAGGCCAUUCAGCAGAGUCUACAGUAGCCCAGGGAGGAGUAGCCCCUCAGUUUCUGGGUCUUCUUCACAACCCAUCCCCAUAUCUCAAGCCGUACUGGAUGAAAAGCAGAGGCUGAUCAAUAGUGUGGCAUCUGCCAUAGCUGUCACUUUAAGAGACCCCGCAUUCAUGUGUGGAGCUGAAUCUCCAAACUACAAUUUCAUGCUAAGCCGUAGCAUCCAGGCCUGUAAGACCAACCCAGAGUACAUUUAUGUCAACCUCAAAGAUAUCCCUCCAGCAGACCUACCCAAGAACAGGAAAGUACCAACUGAUGGCUAUGCGUGUGAGCUGAGAUGCCAGUGUGUUUACCUUGCUACUGGAUACUCUGGAAGCAAAAACGGGGCCAGGGACCGUGCUUCUGAGCAGGCUAUUAAGCUUUUCUUUAAACCGGUGGAGGUCCGUGUAGUGCAGCGCAAAUUCAAACACUCCUUGGUCAAUGAUAUUGUGGUCUGCCAGAUCAACUGUCCUACCCCUGCUUUUCUACCGGCACUGCGUAAUCCAGAGGAUAAGCCGACGCCUAGCUCCAAGGGGCAAUACGAGCCUGACAAACGCAAGCACUGGACCGAUUUUGUCAUUGUUGACAACGCUCAUGAUGCCAUCUGCAUUCUUAACAACUCUGCCGCCUUCAACCGCAUGAAGAUUGACUACAAGUUUGAUGUGGUUCCCAACAGCAGUGCAUGGCAAUGUAGCGUGUACCUGCAGGACGAGCUGGUGGCACAGGCCAAGGGAAGUAAGAAGACAUCUAAACAUACAGCAGCUGAAGAGGCAGUGAGGAAACUGCGCAUGAACCAGGCAGCCCGGCAGCAACAACAACCACAGCAGUUCUCCCGAGGGAACAAUCCCUCUGACCCAUCAGGUGGCCGUUUCGGUCACCAGGGUGGUAGGAAGAAACACUUGAGUGAGCUGGUCAUCCUAGAGAACUCAGACAAUGCCAUCUGCAUCAUUAAUGACACUGCCCAGUUCAACAAGGUAGCUGCCGAUUAUAAGUUCACAGUGCUACCAGAUCACCGCUGGAGGUGUGAGGUAUACCUGGAGGGUCAGUAUGUAGCGUCAGGCAUCGGACCCAAGAAAACAGUGAAGCACAUUGCAGCAGAGGAAGCCCUGGCCACACUCAGGCAGACACAGGCUGUGGUUAAAUCUAACCUCAGGAAGGAGGGUAAUGCUGACGCCCUCUCUCGCCACCAGAUUCUGACGCGCUCUGGUGAGGAGGCCUCGAGACAGGAGAUCAAAGAGGAUAACAUUGGGAAUCAGCUACUCCGCAAGAUGGGCUGGAAGGGUGGCGGAUUGGGCCGGGAAGGGGAGGGCAUCUCUGAACCCAUAAAGGUCAAAGAGCAGUUCUCCAGAGAAGGACUGGGUAUGGACAUGGACAAGUCUGGGAAUCAGCUCACCAAACGGAACAUUGAGGACAUCAUCCGUAACUAUGCCAGUUCAGACCGCCAGGAUGACCUGCGCUUCUCCACUGAACUCAACAAUGAUGAACGCAAGCAGAUCCACCAGAUAUCCCAGAAGUAUGGCCUGCGGAGUAAGUCAUAUGGCCAGGGCAGGCUGCGCUUCCUCAUCGUCAGUCGCAAAGUGCACAAAGACCAGCUCAUUGGCCAGCUCUUGCAGGAAGGGCAGGUGGGACGCUACGAGCUGGUGAAACCUCAGGCCUCACACUGACUGGAUGUAGUAUAGCUCCAACAAACUACCGAUGACCGAUACUUCAGAAAAAAAACAGGUGUGCCUGAUCUGGGCAAAGGUUGUACUUUUAUUGGGGAUGUUUCAAUCUUCUAGGCUUGUCUUUUGGGGAAAUACUUCAGUGUUUUCUGCAUUCCAUUUCCUACGAUUGCAUAUUUUCUGGCAUUGUUUUAACGCUUCUUGUCAUUCUACAAUUUGGUCUUCUGUCAGUUUCACAUUUGCACAAUAUGCUAGUGAUUUGUGCUGUAACAGUUGAUUAGAGUUAUGUAUCUUGACAAAAAGGCUCAAAACAUUUUAGCAAACAUUUUUCAUGGCUACAGAAAUAGCCUAAACCAGCAGAAUGCCCGCCAUUUUACCUACACACGUUUCAUUAGUAAAAAUGUAUAUGGCAUCACAUCAAGUGACAUCUGUAACUAUAUGCUGACAUUGACACAUCCCUGACAUAAUACUUUCUAUGUUAUUUUCCCCCCUUAGUUAGAUAAUUGAAAAAUAAAAGCUGCCUUGCAAGACUUGUAAUAUGAUCUUGUAAUAUGAUCUUUGUCACAUGGUAAAAGCGCAAGCUGUGAUCCCUUUGAAAUGUCAGAUGUAUAUGUCUUAGUGAAUAGUUAACUUGUCUGCUUGUUUUCACAGCUGUAAUAAUGAUCAAUAAAUUAAGUCUUAUAGUUGUC